GAUCGAUACUUGUCUCUCAUCGGGAAGUUGCUCCGGUCGACUCUCACGGGACGCAACGUCUGUAACUUCUCAAAAUUACAGCAACGAGCCUACGAACCGCAUCAGAUCAACCCAUCCCUCGCGCCAGUUUUCCAGCGUAAUUUGCCCCAGAAAUCACCGCCGGCGGAAGAAGAAGCGGAAGCUAUGCUUGCUCAAGGGGAAGAAACCCCCUCCAGGUAUGACUUACUGAGUAUGGUUAAGAAGCACUCGAGUUUAUUAGGGAAGAGUGUGGUGGAGGAGCAGGAUGCCUCCCACGUUGUAAUGGACCGUCGAUUUUGGCACGACGUCUUCGAUUUGUAUUUCAUUCGCGGUAAGGAGUCGAGAGGACGUCAAGAUGACGAUAUGAUAUUCUUCGUGCGAAAAUCGAUGUCGAAGAGAGUGGGUUUCAACGAUGACGACGAAGAAACUGCUCCUUACUUUGUACGCAGGUGGGCACCUGAGUUGGACAAGUUGUUAAUGGGAGAAAGUUUAGCUGAGGUGGAUUGGAGGCGAUCGUUUUACUUGAACAUGAUCGCACACACUAAGUACUCUGUUACAGUAGCAAUCUGCAGCCACCGGAAGCUUAGAAAUCAUCAAGCCGGGCAAAGUACUUCGCUCUCUUCUAUUUACAAGGUUGUGAAGACUGUUUAUGCAUCUCCAAGCCGAGUAAAUUUUCAUUUGGAUGCAAAAAAGGCAAUGGAGACAGCACCUGCAUACCCAGACAUCUGUUUUGCAGUGGAUGAUUUUGAUUCCACUUUUGAUGCAGUGGUAUUGACAGAUACAGACCAUUGCUAUUGCGUGCUUCUUAAUGUGCUUGAUGGGCCAGCAUUUCCUAGAGAAAAAGAGGUGGAUGCUGGCAGUUCUAGUAAUAAUCUUCCAUUGAGAGUUGAAACUAAUUCUGAAAAGAUACAUAAUAGUAAGCUCACAAUUUUCUCGGGAUUUGUCAGCUAUCAAAUGGUUCGAGAUGCAUAUGAUGGUAUAUCUUUCCUAAAAUUUGUCAGAAGAAUGUUCAUGUGUGUGCCUGUGUGUGUGCGUGAUAGGAUCCCUUUACAUAAGUCUGGGAGGUCUCGGCUUGGAAGCCUUUUGUUACUAGGGAAUUCCCCUCGCAAAACAGACAGGCUUUACAUGAAAGGUCCUGGAGGACGUGGAGAAGUUGAAGUGGCUGUAUCUGGUGUUUCAGAUCAAAGCCAGCAGGAUGCAGACCCCUAUUCACCAGUUAUAACAAAGAAGGGAUCUGGAAUUGGCUCAUUUUUCCGUAAAGCUGCAUCUUUUGCGUCGCUGGCAGCAAAGCAGGGCUAUGCAGCUGCUGCCAACACAGAUUCUGAUGACAAAAUCUUGCCUCUUAAAUGCUGUUUAAUGUCUAUAACAUUGCCUUGGGAACACAUUGCUUAUGAUCUUUUGUUCAAGGUAAGAUCACUGCUUAACUAUGACAGAGGUCUUUUGGGUAUGCCUGUUUGGAAGAAUUGCUUUUACGUCCUGCUAAUACAUGUUUGAAGUCACUAUUGCUGAUGAUUAUGUGGCUUUAUAUUUCGAUUUUGCCUCUGUUUGAAAUGGUAGUAUUGAUUUCCUCAGUGACAAUCUGCUUCAAAAACCAAAGAUAUUAGCUACUGAAAACUUCUUUCCAUAUGGGAUCAGAUGGGGGGGUGCUUAAACUGCUUUCGCUCGUUAUUCUUCUCAUGCAAAAUGCAAAUGGAUCCGUUAACUUUUCUUCUUAUUGCCAUUCUCAGGGAAGCCCACCAGUUGACUUAUAAACAUCUUGUAUUACCUACCACAGUUUGCACAACUUACAAGGAGUCUCUUCCUGCAAGAGACGAAACAUUCAAGAAAUGCGUUCUCAAAAGUCGUGUUGUGUUGAAAAUUACCACCCGAGAUGCCUCAUCGUCGAAGUUGAUUGUAUUAAACUUCAUGGAAAUUCCAUCCGCCCUCUGCAUUUCGGUUUGGGAUUUAAGUGUUUUAGAGGUGUUUCAUGAAAAUAUUGUAAAAUUCUAUCCUGUAUAUACACGAUUAUAUCUUUACUUUACUUUCAUUGUUGCAAGAUUUAGUGUAUAAUGGUUCUUUUUCCCCCAUUCAAAACAUUUUCCCUUUUUUUUAAAAAUAUAUUUGAUAAUAAACUAUAUAACAUAUU